AUGGUGAAGCUGAUCUACGAGAGCUACGACGAGCUGUUCCCGAUCGAGGACGGGUCCACAACACAAGCGAAUAUCGACGAGGUCUACUGCUUGUCGUUCGUGAUGCCCAACUGCCUGGUUCGUCUCUCGAAGCAUCCAAACCCUGAGCGAUUCCAGCGCGAAGGAGCCGGUAUAUUCGACAGCCUCGUGCCUGAAGACCCGCGAGGCACCUACCACGAUCUAGUGAAGGACGAGACGUACUACGUCGUCGUAGAACAGGAGGCGGAUCAGCUGCGCCGUGACCAGGAGGCCACGAAGGCGCGUUGGGAUGGAGAGCUCCAGAAGCAGAAGAAGGCCGACAAGGACGACGGCCGCGGCUUCGAGUCGUGCUCCUGCAUUUACGGCAACCCGUGCGUGGACGAAUACGGCUGCCGUGACUGGCAUUCUCGCUUUGCGGUGGCGACGAAGAACGGCUGGAAGGGCUUCUAG